AUGCCGCUCCGCCGCCCUCUUCCUCCACCAUCCUCACUGCGCUGGUCUGCUGCACCUGCGUAUCCUGCUCCGAUCGCGUCGCCAACCACGGCCGAGCAAGAUACCAAUCCAGGCAGCAUGCUUCCGGCCGAUGCUCGCCCUGAAGCUGACCCUGUCGCCAAUAUGAUGACCAGCGCUGCAGAAGAUCUCGACUCAAGGAUGCCGAUCGCGACGCAAGCUGGCGCUGAGCAACACGACAACAAUGUGCAAAGCUGGUCCGAAUACACGAUGGCUAACCUUCCUGGCUUCGGCAUUACUCCUCCGCAGCUCAUUGAAUCUUGCCCUCCUUACCCGGUCCGCAGCGGACCCAAUUACAGAGCAUACCAUGCCCAGAAAGAUGCAGCGUGGUCCCCCGAUGGCAAGUGUGUUCUGCAGCUGAGCGAAGAUAGGUGCCUGCGAACACAUUUGAUGUUCGAGCCGCCGUCCCGCCUGAUUGGCGUUCACGAAUCACCUGAGUCCAUCCGUGCCUUCGCAGCCGCUCCAUUGUUCGACAGUGAUGAUCCGAUGACCAUGUGUGUACUUGCGUCUGUCAAGGAAGAGCCGAUCCGCCUAUUCAACAUCAACGAUCCAAACUCGGAAGUAUACGCUUCAUAUCCUCUCAUGUACGAUACAGAUGACGUGCUUCACAUCCCGGUGGAUUGUAUCAAGGUGUUGCCGAACGGCCAUCAGUUCGUCGCCGCCGGCGCCAACUGCUUAGCGAGGUUCGAUAUCGAAGGGAGUAGCUCAAAGCCAGUGGAACAGCUCUACACCCACAACAAAUGUAGAAAGAAGAACAAGCUCAACCCGUACGCUCUCAGCAGCAAGAUCUCGGCCAUUGACUACCGCUAUGACGGCGGAGUACUCGCCGUCGGCACCUGGGGCAACAAGAUCGGCUUCUACGAGGAUUUUGGCGUCGGCGAGGUCAUGUCGGUCGAUUACCUGUCUGAAAUGCGCAGCCCCGAUCUCGCCGGCGGCGUCCAGACUCUGCGUUGGAGCCCGGACGGCAACUACCUCUACAUAUGCGAGCGCAUGUCGGACUUGCUCACCAUAUUGGACGUGCGCAUGGCACUUCGUCAGGUAUCCUUCCUCACUGGUCGUCACGCCAUGUCGAAGCAGAGGCAUGGCUUCGACAUCAUGGUCGAUGACCAGGGCCACCACGUCAUCGCCGGUGGUAGCGAUGGUGCCGUGCGUGUCUGGCACAACCCUACUGCGCGCUCAGAGGAAUUCACGGGACCUGAUGUCGAGUGGCAAGCUCACGAUGACCACAUAGCGGCCGUUGCCGUCAACCCCAUCUGGCCCGACUUUUUGGUCACGACGGCCGGAUCUCGUCACUUCCCAGCCGAAGAGGAUUAUGACAUCAGCGACAGCUCGGAGACCGAUGAAGAUUCGGACAUGGAUGAUGACAGCAGCGAGGAAGAUUCGGACACGAUUGACAGCAUCAGAGAGGAAGAUUCCGACACGGCAGAUGAGAGCAACGGUGGAGAGUCGCGCCAUGGUGUCGUUUCACAGGGUCCGCGCGCUCCUGUGCCUAAUGGCUGGAUGAAGCUCUGGCGCUGGGACAUGCAGGCAGGGUUGUUGUUGUGA